AUGGGAUUAUUGACGAGGACAGUGGAAAUGACUUCAGGCUCUGCCUCCAUCGAUACGUUUUUACAUUUUAAACCUGUGCUUUCACCUCACAACAAUAUUCUACAUCGAUAGUUCUGUUGGAAUCCAGAGCGGUCACGGUUUCACAACUGCGCCCUUCUCUUGUCCACACAGGUAGAAUUGGAUUUGAGCACAACCCUCAAUUUCAAGAAGAAUGGCUGUCGAACUCGUCAAAAUCGGCAUUUCAUUGAAAAUGCUACCAAAUAACAGUGCCGUGUACUUCAAAUCGGACGGAGCGAGAUUUGGCCAAACCAGGACGAUUAAAUUGCUAACGGGGUCAAAGUACAAGAUUGAAGUGGUUGUCAAACCUGGGGCUGUGGAGGCAACGUAAGUAUGGUGGGGGGAAAUGUAUUACAGGCCUUCCCGCAUCAGGCAAUAUUCUUCCGAUAGCCUAUAUAGUGUCUAUACACUUCAAUAGGAUACAUUUUGACAAUUUCUCUGUUGAGGAAAACAAUGUUCUGUCAGUGACAGGCUGUCUCUGUCCAUCACCCCCUGUUGAUGUUUUGACUACAUGUUAUUAUCCUAAAUCUAUAUUAUAUCAGUGUCCAUAAUGUGAGGAAUAGCAUCGGUGCAUUCUCUUGGAAAAUAUCACAACCCCUGGAUAUUAUGGCCCUUGCUUUAAUCUAAUUUACACAUUUAUUAAAUUGGUAAUUCAUUGAGAACAUUGAUAAAAAAAACACAAGCCGUAAGAGGUUGAAGGCGUUACGUCAGAGCGUGCGCGGUUCACUCGAGAUCCCACUAGAUGGCCAAACUGCAAAGUCAAAAUUGCCUUUUUGGUCUUAGUUUAAGGUUAGCAGUUUGGUUAAGUUUAGGUGGGUUUCAAAUCUGAUUUUAAGAAUAUAAAUUGUAGAAAUAGGCAGGGCUUCCAACUUUGCAAUUUGGCGAGAUAGUGGCGACAGUGACGUUUGAUUAGAGUCCGGCGGGUGCAGGGAGACAAUAGGCGCAACCAGAAUGUGUGAAAUCCAGCACCGAUUAGGCCCUUUUAAGCAUUUCCUACAGUAGGCUAAACAUGCACGCAAAUAUGGCGAGUUGAGUUUGUGUUUCAGUCUUUUGUUAUUAAAAAAUGACGGAUAGAACUAUAACAAAUGACACUGGAUGAUCUAUAUUUCACCUCUCUCCAUCCACACCCCUUCCCCCAUCCAUUCCUUUGACUGAUUCGUCUAUAAAUAAUAAUGCAAGGUGAUUUGUAGAUCAGUCAUUCGGCAGUUGUCUGCACUGUCAGCUGCGAUGUCAAACAACCACAGGCCCAGUGUCACCAAGUGUUUUUUCUGUGUUUCUACAUCGGCAUCGCUUGCUCUAUGGGGUUUUAGGCUGGGUUUCUGUAAACCGCUGAUGCACACGGGCUUUAUAAAAUACAUGUCAUUGAUUGAUGAUCUCUCCCUAACUGUUGCGAUCCUGUCCUCAGCACUAUGAGUGUAGGUGGAGUCACCUUCCCCUUGGAGCAGCAGUCUAGAGACCCCCAGGCUGUAGUCUACACUGGCAUCUACGACACAGAGGGAGUGACGCACACCAAGAGCGGAGACAGACAAGCUGUACAGAUCAGCAUGCAGGUAAUAAAGGGCAAACUCAGUUUGACUGCGAUUUGAUUCGGAUUUCAUUUCGGAUCCCUUAUUAGCUGACGCCAUGACAACAGCUAGUCUUACUGGGGUCCAAUACAUAAUGAAAAAUACAUUACAGACAGAACACUUUACAUGUACACAAAGCAAUGAAGUAGACAAGUUAAUUCAGAGCAGUUUACCAGUCACAUUACAAAUAUCAUCUAGCCUGGUCCCAGAUCAGUUUGAUAUCAGCAUCAUCUAGCCUGGUCCCAGAUCAGUUUGAUAUCAGCAUCAUCUAGCCUGGCCCCAGAUCAGUUUGAUAUCGGCAUCAUCUAGCCUGGUCCCAGAUCUGUUUGAUAUCUAUAUCAUCUAGCCUGGUCCCAGAUCUGUUUGAUAUCUAUAUCAUCUAGCCUGGCCCCAGAUCUGUUUGAUAUCUAUAUCAUCUAGCCUGGCCCCAGAUCAGUUUGAUAUCGGCAUCAUCUAGCCUGGUCCCAGAUCUGUUUGAUAUCGGCAUCAUCUAGCCUGGUCCCAGAUCUGUUUGAUAUCUAUAUCAUCUAGCCUGGUCCCAGAUCUGUUUGAUAUCUAUAUCAUCUAGCCUGGUCCCAGAUCUGUUUGAUAUCUAUAUCAUCUAGCCUGGUCCCAGAUCAGUUUGAUAUCUGCAUCAUCUAGCCUGGUCCAGAUCAGUUUGAUAUCAGCAUCAUCUAGCCUGGUCCCAGAUCUGUUGAUAUCUAUAUCAUCUAGCCUGGUCCCAGAUCUGUUUGAUAUCUAAUCAUCUAGCCUGGUCCCAGAUCAGUUUGAUAUCUGCAUCAUCUAGCCUGGUCCCAGAUCAGUUUGAUAUCAGCAUCAUCUAGCCUGGUCCCAGAUCUGUUUGAUAUCUAUAUCAUCUAGCCUGGUCCCAGAUCUGUUUGAUAUCUAUAUCAUCUAGCCUGGCCCCAGAUCUGUUUGAUAUCUAUAUCAUCUAGCCUGGUCCCAGAUCUGUUUGAUAUCUAUAUCAUCUAGCCUGGUCCCAGAUCAGUUUGAUAUCUGCAUCAUCUAGCCUGGUCCCAGAUCAGUUUGAUAUCAGCAUCAUCUAGCCUGGUCCCAGAUCUGUUUGAUAUCUAUAUCAUCUAGCUGUCCCAGAUCUGUUUGAUAUCUAUAUCAUCUAGCCUGGCCCCAGAUCUGUUUGAUAUCUAUAUCAUCUAGCCUGGCCCCAGAUCUGUUUGAUAUCUGCAUCAUCUAGCCUGGCCCCAGAUCUGUUUGAUAUCUAUAUCAUCUAGCCUGGCCCCAGAUCUGUUUGAUAUCUAUAUCAUCUAGCCUGGUCCCAGAUCUGUUUGAUAUCAGCAUCAUCUAGCCUGGCCCCAGAUCUGUUUGAUAUCGGCAUCAUCUAGCCUGGUCCCAGAUCAGUUUGAUAUCAGCAUCAUCUAGCCUGGCCCCAGAUCUGUUUGAUAUCGGCAUCAUCUAGCCUGGCCCCAGAUCUGUUUGAUAUCUGCAUCAUCUAGCCUGGUCCCAGAUCUGUUUGUGUGGUAAGGCCAACUCCUAUGGUCGUUGUCAUGCCAUGACCAUAGGUGUUGGGGCAAAACAGCACAAACAUAUCUGGGAACCAGGCUAUGCAUGAUCCAUAUGAGGCCAUUACACAUGUAGGCUAUACUGUUUCAGGAGUCAACUGUUCAUGAUGCAAAUCAUCCAGUGUUUAUUUGUACUAGUCUUUUCUUACGAGCUCUGACUUUGCUUAUAGCUACUUUGAGGAAUAAAUGUACUUACUAUGACUGUGGUAAGUGGUUGUCUCACCUAGUUAACUUAAGAUGAAUGCACCAACUAAGUCGAUCUAGAUAAGAGCUUCUGCUAAAUGACUAAAAUGUAAAUAAAACAAUUUAAGAGUUAAUCGCAGGAUUUGCUGUGAUUUAAGCGCAAAUUCAGAAUUUGCUCAAAUUGAGCUGUAAUUUACGAUUUUUUUAAAUACAAAAAGCAUUACAAUAAUAUUGACGUCUUGAUUUUGUCCAAAGUAACGGUAAGCAAAGUCAGGUAAAUUCAUAAAACAAAUUUAUUUAACCCCCCCAAAAAACUGCCAGAGUCUGGAUGACCUCUACUAAACACAAUGUACUGAUUCAGGGAUGUGUGAAGGACUACAGGGAUGUGUGAAGGACCACAGAGAUGUGUGAAGUACCACAGGGAUGUGUGAAGUACCACAGGGAUGUGUGAAGUACCACAGGGAUGUGUGAAGGACCACAGGGAUGUGUGAAGGACCACAGGGAUGUGUGAAGGACCACAGGGAUACCCGACGAGAACAGAGCCAAAGGAUAUCAGGGCAAUGGGGUUUUACGGUCACCACACAACUCACUGCAGUUCACUUUCGGUACUUAUUCAACAGGGUGUUUCUGUUUCUAGGAGGAAAGAGAUACAUGGAAAUAGAAGUAACCAUGCAAAGAUAUAGUCAAAAAAGGCUAUACAAGGAGUUGGACCUAUACAUAUAUGCACACUACUGCAUCACACAAGUUAAAUACAAUCAAUCAUGUUCUUAAUUGAACACUAUAAAGCUAAAGAUGCAUAAUAUUGCAGUGCCUGAAUCACAUAUCAAUGAACAUUGAUGGCUAAACAGUAAGCAGGCUCAGGUAGAGCCUGAAGCUAGCAUUAGCCAUGUCAGAGUAUGGUAUAAGGCUAGGGAAAGAGACUGCCACUGUAGCGUACAAUCACACCAGUAGCGUACGAUCACACCAGUAGCGUACAAUCACACCACAACGGAUGCACUAUCUGCACAAUAAGGACUGAAAUGUGAGAUAAUGGCAUGAGCCUCAACAGCCCCUCAUGUAGCCUUAGCAUUAUCAUUAGCGGUGGGCUACAAACAUUUAGCAGGUCAUGCUAACAAACAAUUAGCCUAGCAAAGGCACAUGCAUGAGGUACAAACACCAAUCCCUGUAAACUGAUUUUACUGUCAACACUCAAAUAGGGCCACUUCGAUUAUUCUACGCACACAGCAACAACUUCUUUGUUAGCUCUGCUCCCUUGUGUCCAGUUCCCUGUCUUUUAUCAGAUUAGCCACGCCCAGUAGGCAGGCACCAGCGAGGUAAUUAGAGGACACACGGGAGCAGUGAUUGGUUCGUUGGCAGGUCAAUCGUGUUCUGUCAGGGCCUUUUUAACAACCACAACAUCAACUUGUUUGUUGUUUUUUAGCUCACAGGAGGUUGGUCGUGGUAAUGGCUGGAGUGGAAUCAGUGGAACGGUAUCAAAUACAUCAAACACAUGGUUUCCAAUGCCAUUCCAUUAGCUCCGUUCCAGCCAUUAAUAUGAGCCGUCCUGUGUUUUAGCUGUAUAGACGACGUAUUUUCAAUGUUUUCAGUGUAUUUUGAACGCUUUCAGACAAUGUGAUUAAUCGCAAAUGUAAAAAAAUGUCGCACUAAAAUUACAACAAAUUAACUUGCGUUAACCGAUUUUAACUCUGAAAGCUCUAUUAUUUUUCCCCCCCUCCCAGUUCCCAGAGGUGGGCUCUUUUGAGGUGGUGUGGCAGGUGAAGUACUACAACUAUAACAAGAGGGAUCACUGCCAGGGGGGAAACAGUUUCAACAGCAUCGAGUACGAGUGCAAGCCCAACGAUACGCGCAGCCUGAUGUGG